AUGGCCAUAACCGACUUCCUGGCAGCUUCAGACAUCACUUCGGCCAUUUAUGCUUGUAAAGCAAAGGAUUCUUUUAGCUCGAAGAUGUUUUUCAAAACAGUGGGUUUAUCCAAGAAAACUCCAGCUGAUAUCGAGAAGGUCUUCAAGAUUUUGGACCAGGACAAAAGUGGCUUCAUAGAACAGGAUGAGUUACAACUGUUCCUGCAGAAUUUCGCCAAAGGAGCGAGGCACCUGACCGUAGCCGAGACCAGAGCCUUUCUCCAGGAGGGAGACUCCGAUGGAGACGGGAAGAUCGGCUGGGAAGAGUUUUCAGCACUGGUCAAGUCUUCAUAAAGCCUGCACCAUCU